GACGGUGGCGGAGGCUGCAGUAUUGAAUCAACAACCGCGCACGAACCAUCGCCUCCGUCGACCGAAUAUAACUAUUUCUAUUAUUAUUAUUAUUCGGCGUCCACUUAAACAUCAUCACAUAAUAUCGUUAUAUUUCACCAGUAGUUAAAAAUGCAGACCACUCAACUCUCAGUCAGCGCGCUGCUGGUGUUGUCACUCCUAGUAACCGGAUGCCUUUGCAGACCACAAGACUCCAACAGUAAACCGUCACAGGAUGGAGUCAAACCGCUGGAAAGUGUGACUGGACAGACGACUUCGUCCAACCGGAUGAGCAGACUUCAAAAGCCCUCACAAGUUUUGAAUACGGGCUUUGACGAGAUCGUCGUCGAGUCAAAUUUACAAGUGCACAACCGAGUUGGAUCUAAAACCAAAUCAAAAAUCAUGUUGCCUUCUAACUCGACGGCCGCGGCUACUUCGAUGCAAACCAACAAAUCGGCCAGAUCCUUGCUGGUGUGACGCGUGCCCCGGUGUACUUACAUCUGAAACCAUAUAACACAGAUGUAUAAUAAUAUAAUAAUAUAUACCUGUCUUAAUAUUAUUUAACAUAACUCACGCACAAUGUCUUAACCCGGAUAAUAUAUUUUUAUUCAAAACGCAUCGCGUUUCGAUAAGCGUUACGUUCAACAAUUAAUGCACCGAACAUGUUUGUAAUAAUAAAAUAAUAUAAUUUAAAAUAUUAUAUUUAUUUAUGAGUCAAUAUGAAAAAAAAAACAUGAGUUAAUAUUGAGUUGUAAUUAUGAGUAUGAUUGUUUAUGGAAACUAAAAUUUAAAAAAAUUAACGGUUAUAUAAAAUAUUAUUUUACUACAACUAAGCUUUCUUCCUUCAUAUAUUCCUAUAGAUUUUUAUUAUUAUUUUUCGCCAGUCACCUAUAUUUUAUUAUAUUAUAGAUAAAAAUGUACGAUAAGUUUAAAAAAAUUUUUGAUUUUCACAUUAGCAUAAUAUUGAAACAAUAUUAACAUUUUCAAUGAAUAAUCUAAAUUAUAUUAUAAUAUGUUAACAAGAACUACAGUUAAUCCAGAUUAUAACUAUUAUUUUGUGUUUGUAUAAUAAGAAAAAAUAUAAUAAAUAAUAAGCUGAGUCUUAAGAAACUUUUAAGUUAUUCAACACUUUUUUACACUGUAUACUUGUUUCGGUUACUUAAUAUAAUGUUAAGUUAAAUUAUA